UUUUUGUGGUUGUAGUAGUCCAAACCAAAUUUUGCUUCAACCAUUUUGUUUUUCGAUUUGCGUCUUCAACGUGCGGUCGCGUCUGUAGAUUGAAGUUGAUCUUUUAAGUGUAUUAAUAGAAAAUAUUCGUGAUAUUUCGCUUUUGUCUCUCUUAUUAACUAGGAACAUCGCUAUGUCUGAUCGAGAGAGAAGUCGUUCGAGGACUCGCAACGGUUCUCGCGAGCCGGUACCGAAACCUGCGGUGAUGUCCAGAGGACAUAGUCGAAGCCGGUCCAGGACGCCGCCCCCGCCAAAAGCAACUAGCAGAAAAUAUAGAAGCCCAUCGCGGUCCCGUUCCGGCUCGGCUCGUCGCGGCUACCGCUCGCGCCACUCGCGCACCCGCUCUCGCUCUUACUCACCCCGGGGCUCAUACCGCCGCAGUCAUAGUCACAGCCCUAUGUCAUCCCGGCGCCGUCAUCUCGGUGACAGGGUGAGACUUUUGGAAAACCCUACCCCCUCUCGGUGCCUCGGGGUUUUUGGACUUAGUCUUUAUACAACUGAACAGCAGAUAAACCAUAUCUUUUCUAAGUAUGGACCCGUUGACAAAGUGCAAGUUGUAAUUGAUGCAAAGACGGGCCGUUCCCGAGGGUUUUGCUUCGUUUACUUUGAGGACAUGGAAGAUGCUAAGAUUGCAAAGAAUGAAUGCACCGGAAUGGAAAUUGACGGUCGUCGCAUCCGCGUCGAUUAUUCCAUAACACAGCGAGCUCACACUCCCACUCCGGGCAUCUACAUGGGAAAACCUACCAGAAUAAGUAGCAGAGGCGAUAAUGGAUACGACAGGCGCCGCGACAGAGACGACUACUACUACCGCGGCGGCGGCGGCGGCGGCGGCUACCGCGAGCGCGACUACUACCACCGCGGCUACCGGCACCGCUCGCCCUCGCCGCACUACCGCCGCACGCGACGCUACGAGCGGGAGCGCUCCUACUCGCCCCGUGAGUACACGCACGCACACCCACACGCACACGCACGCACGCACACGCACGCACGCACGCACACGCACGUACGCACACGCACGCGGUCAAUUGAAACAAUCGCAUAAUUGUUGCAGUUAGUAAUUGCAGUGUAAACUCUGGUGAGAGAUCACCCGCGCGGAAGCGGACUCGUUAUCAACGCGAUCGUUGCUCGCCCCGUAAGUAUUAGUUGCAAUGUCUCAUGAACGUGUUGAGAAUCUCAGUUAACUAAUAAAGAUAUGAAAGUCGACAUUUUGUCUGUCCGCACAAUUAACAAGUCGAAAGAAUUGCACAGUUCUCAUUAACAGAACUGGCCCCUGGUGGCAGAGUGUGCAGCGAGCCUGCACUCAGUCAGGGAUAUAAGUAUAUUGUUGAGACUUUAAGAACCCAAAUAUACAAAAGAAAAACCAUAACGGUCAUUUGUUUUGAAAUAAUUAAAAUGUGAAAUGUUUGACUGAAAUACUCAAUACCGGAGGAAUCCGUCACGUCUAGACUAGCAGGUAGACUUUAGACACGAGUAGACUCAGCAGAGCUGACUAGUGCUCUCCAUUCAGUACGUGGAGCUUCGCUUCUGAUACUUUGUGUAAUCUUGUAAGUAUUAGUAGUUCAGUCCCUUAGGUCUCUAGGAGUCGAGGUAGUAGUGUCAACAUGAACAAGUAAGUUAUUAAUAUUUACCAUAAUCACUUCUGAUAAAACUAUAAAACGUAUAGACAUUGCCAGAUUUGUGCAUUGGACUCUAUUGCUUUAAUUAUUUAGAUAUAUUAGAAAAUGUAAUAAUAGUUAAAAUAGUUGCUAAUUUGUGCAGUUUCUAAAGUCUAGUUCACAAAUUUUGACAGCUUUAAUAUCCAACAGAACACCAGUAACAUUAAUUAACAAUUUAUACUUAUAUAAGUAUUCAUUCUACGAGUAAUAAUAUAAUAUUUAUUAAUUAAUCAUCAUUAGUGUAUUUUGUGCAUAUAUUUGUCUGUAUAUUGAUUCUGUUAAUUUUGACAUCUUUAUCUCUGUUUAAAUAGUCGGCAUCAUAUUAUAUAAUUAAAAAAAAAAAAAACAAUUUCAAUUCCCCAAUUAAAAUUUUCCAUGUUUUAUAUUCAUUUGGUCAGUUUAUUCUCAUCAAUAGAAUGAGCUGCCCCGUUCCGUGAUGCCGAUGCGUUUUGAUGUGUGCUUUGUGAUCGUGUACAUGAUAGUUACAUUCCCUUGUUUAAAUUUCCAGGUCGUUAUUAGUAAGUUCGCGACGCUGACCUCAACCGAAUAGUUUGAUACACGUAUGGCCCCAAUGUCGCCCCUGGCCUCGUAAUGCAUUUAAACGGUACCUGUGUCGGCCGGGUUACAUUGUACUGUUUGUUAAUAUGAUUAAGGAUGUUUGUAAAGUGACCGAGUCGCGGUCCUGUCGUCUUAAUGGGUUUAUAUAGAUUUAAUUAGAACGUAAGACAGCCCGCUGCGGGCCACGCCUCUAGAAUGUAAACUUAGCUCUAAUAAAGUUUUAACAAUAAGGUCUAAUAUUGAUUUUGUUUGUUUUGAAAAGGUAUUGAAACAAGAAGUAAAGGAUGAAGUUCCUUGAAACUAACUGUGUUGAAGUUUUGAAAAUGUUUGCAUUGAAAAAAGCCCUUUCGAAACGGCGGUCGAAAACCCGGACCGGCCGAGGGAAGUUCGCCGCUUGUCGAAGCGAAAAGAAUAUGAUCGGGUUACCCGCUUUGUAGGAAGCAACCAAGCUUUCAAGAACUUUGAAGAGAGAAGUGUCGCGCUAAAUUUUGAUCAUAUUCUUUAUCUUCCGACUUAAAAACAAUAAUAAUAAUCGUAAUAAUUCUGCAGUAAAUCUAACACACGUUGCAUUUCACUUCGGUAUUUACAUGUUACAUAUAUUAUUUUAUUAUAUGUAUUCGGUUUUUAUUUGAGUUUGACAUAUCUAUAUAGUUAGAUGUAGUGGUAACUUGUGAGCGACUAUCAAUAAAACAAUAGUUUUGUAACGUCGUA